AUGUAUCUGAGAGUAGAGGAAGUUUCUGCACAGGAACAGAAUCAGACUGUAGUGACCUGCAGCACCUCCUGCAGUUUGGAUUCUGAACUUGAAUAUGUCUGGCACAAGAACGGACAGAUUCUACAAGACAGAACCACAGCCUCCAUACCAGUCUAUGAAGUGGCCAGUUACUCCUGUGCAGUGAGAGGUCAUGAAGAUCUACGAUCCCCAGCAGUGUGUGUUCCAGAUAAACUGUGCUGGGGUGUGACCUACUCCUAUGAGAAUAUCUGUGUAUUAAUGGGCUCAUCAGUGGACAUCAGGUUAACAACAAAAGGGGGGCAAAAUUACUCUGGAUCACCUGGCGUCACCAUUUCUGUUACAGAUCUACAGGUGUGGGCAUCUCUUCAUACAGUGAAAGAGGGGGACAAAGUCACCCUCACCUGUAAUACUACCUGUACUCUGAGUAACGACCCCAUCUUCAUCUGGUACAAGAAUGGGGAACCUGUGACCUAUAAACGCUCAACCAGAGACAAAAAGCUGCAUAUAAACCCAGUCAGCAGUGAGGAUGCAGGCAUUUACUCCUGUGUUGAGAAGGGACAUAAAGGUCUCUCUUCAACAACUUUCUCUCUAAAUGUCCGAUACAAGCCAAAGAAUGUCCUUGCGUCCAUCACUGCCUCUAGUAAAAUAGAGGAGGGCAGUUUAGUGACUCUGACCUGCAGCAGUGAUGCCAACCCACCAGUGUACACCUACACUUGGUUAAUGAAGAAUGGAGUUGAAGCUGUGAGGGGCACAGGGGAGAGCAUCAGCUUCAAUGUGACCUCUGAUACCAGUGGACUUUACUACUGUGAGGCACACAAUGAACUUGGCUCUCAGAUCUCUUUUGAAGUUGCAGUUCAAACAGGUUAG